GUAGAAUUUUUCUUUCCAGAUGCACCAAGGAAAAAAGCAAAAAUGUUUGUGCGCAAGGGGAGGGAAAUCACUGUUUCUACAUCAUCUUUUCCAAAGACGCAGGAAUGUCUUUAUCCGUACGUUUUUCUCAGACAGAAGAGGUUACAGAAAAAGGAAUCAGAAAAAGCCAGUUUGCCCCGCCCCGUCUCCUAGCAACUGUUUCCUUAGCAACCACGCGGUCAACAACGCAAUUCAGUCCCAGAAGGAGCCGAGUAUUUUCUUCCUGAAAAGGGGCUCCCACGAAAGGGUCAAAGGGAAACUACACGAAAGAUAGAUUUUAGUUCCUUGAUAAGAGAGCAAGAAAAGGAAACGGCGGUGAGAGGAGGAGUGGAGACAGUGGGAAAGUGAGUCAAAAGCUGAGUAGUUAAGGAACUCCUUGGUGGCCAUGGACCCAGCCUGCACUUCCGAGAGUAUUUAUAACCUCAUACCCAGUGACUUGAAGGAGCCGCCCCCGCGUCCUAGGUACUCAUCACUGUUUAGAGCGACUAUAAAAGAUGACAUGAAGAAACUCAAAACUGGGAUGAAGACCAUGGGGCCUGCAAAAGUAGACGUGCCUUCCCCAAAGGAUUUCCUAAGGAAACAUUCCAAGGACAUACAGCUGCCGCCCAAGAAAACGUUUAAUAGGUUCUCUUCCAAGAAGCCUGCAGUGCCCUUGAGGACCGAUCAUCCAGUCAUGGGAAUACAGAGUGGAAAAAACUUCAUAAACACAAAUGUAGCUGAUGUCAUCGUGGGCGUGGCCAAAAAGCCCAAGCCAAUUUAUGUUGACAAACGAACUGGAGACAGGCAUGAUCUUGAAACGUCAGGACUCUUCCCCAAGUACAUCAACAAAAAGGAUUACGGCAUCAUACCCGAGUACAUAUGCAAACGCAAUGAGGACGUGAAGAAAGCACAGGAAGAGUAUGACAAUUAUGUCCAGGAGAAUCUUAAGAAAGCGGCCAUGAAGAGACUCUGUGAUGAAGAAAGGGAGGCCGUUCUGCAGGGUCUGAAGAAGAAUUGGGAAGAGGUGCACAAAGAGUUCCAGUCCCUCUCGGUCUUCAUCGACUCCAUACCGAAGAAGAUCCGCAAGCAGAGGCUGGAAAAGGAGAUGAAGCAGCUGGAACACGACAUCAGCAUCAUCGAGAAGCACAAGAUCAUCUACAUCGCUAACAAGUGA